CACAGGUGACGGCCAAAUAUUUUCGUUCAUUUUAGUCGGGACAGGAGCACAUAUCACCAACAAGCAUGGGAUGGCCGCUAUCCGCAAUCGCCCCCGUGCGAUGGUCGCUAUUGUUCCACAACAUCGGGCGUGCCGGUGCUGGCACCUGUGUCACAUUGUGGAUGCUGCUCUGGGUGAUACACAUCACUGCCAUCAUAUACGGGCGAUGGCGGUUGUACCGCCGGCGGUCGCCAUCGGCGACGCAGCAUGGCGCGGCGCGGGGAGUGUCGAUCUUGAAGCCGCUGACAGGAUGUGCUGAGAACCUGGAAGAGAAUCUUCAUACGUUCUUCACGCUGUCCUACCCUGAGUACGAGCUGCUCUUCUGUUUGAACGAGGAGAACAAUGCGUUGACGGCGAUCAUUUCUGACCUCAUGCGCCGUUACCCAGACGUCGCAGCUAGAGUGUUUAUAGGUGGCAAGAAGAUUGGGAUAAAUCCAAAGCUAAACAACAUGAUGCCUGGGUACGAGGCGGCGAGACACGACCUCAUCAUGGUUUCUGACUCAUCCAUGAGAAUGAGGAAACACUCACUGACUGUCAUGGUCGAGGCAAUGACUCACCGUGUGGCGCUAGUGCACCAGCUGCCAUUCACCUGUGACAAACCUGGUUUUUGCUCGGCUCUGGAGAAGGUGUAUUUUAGCACGGCGCACCCCACCUUUAUCCGUCACUGUACGUGA